GGCCCUUUGGACAUGUGGUGUAAUCUUAUCCAAUCCUAGCCUUGAUUGGAUCAUUGUCAGAAAAAAAAUUUUGCAAUGCAAAGACAUGAUUUGAAUCUUGGAGUAAUGUCGAAGCUCGUCGGUUUCCAGUUUGUUUUUGACGAUGAUUCGCAUUUUCUUCGUCCAAGCUGAGAUUUUCAAAGGGAGUGGUCCACCAAAACCGCUUGUGUGUGAAUUUUCUUCACCCUUCAUCUUCUCCUGUAUUAUUUUAUAUAUGCACUAUGCAGAUUCUUCCUGUCCGGAUUUUAGGUUUAAGCGGCUGGCUCAGGCAAGGACUUGGAACCAGCACACACCGAUUCACCGUUGACCCGUUUUGAUGAUAGCCUUUUUUCCAUGUGAUCUGGGGUACUUUUUGCUUAAAAGGUUGAUUGUCCGCAGUUUGGAAAGCUUGUUAAUUUGGUGUUUCCUCGUGCGUUUAUGGCUCUUGAUUGGUCGCCGGACUAGUGGAGAUUGAAGUUCUCAAAAGGGUCCACGUAGUUCUUCUGUUGAUGUGGGUAUGGAACACAUCAUAUAUUGAAAGAUGAAGUCGCCUAGCAAAGCUGAAAUGUGCUACCAUGGGAAAAACUGCUUAUCCGCUCAGGAAGCUCCAUGUUGCUGUCACUUUGCUGCCACUGUGUUGCAGCUUUGACACCACAACUCCAACACUCUCCUUGGUGUUAAAGCUUGGAUAAACAUUUCAGCUCCUCCUACAAUGCUGCAGCUUCAUCUUGCUUGGAUUUGUUGCUCUAACAAAUUAUUCGAGCUAUAAACAUUUUCAGCAACUCCAUUUCAACAACUUGUCCUUCCUUGGAUCUUUGCUGAGCUUUUCUGUACCAUAAACACCUUUAAUUUGUUUGUUGGUCCGGCUUGCCUCUCCACACCAGCUCCUCACCAUGCUUGAUCUUGAGCUAUAGUGCGCCUAACUUAUGCCUUCAUUACUUGCUGAGUGAUUUAGCUAAAAAUGGAAGAAGGAUUUCACUACAAAACCUACUGGAAUCCAUAGAAAGAUUUUUGGUGGUAAAAAGGGGGGAGAGAGGACCUGGACAAGAAGGAGACAGGCACCCGGAGUUACCUCAUUUGGUGAGGGAGAAAAGAAGAUACAACCAUCUUAUAACUUUGCAUCAAUCAAACCUGCAGCAGCCUCUGUUCCAGAUGCCUGAAUACCUUAUUUAUUUAUCCAUACGUGUGGCCUUCUUCUCUAAUUUGCUGGUGCGUUUUCCCACUAAUCCUCUGAUGCCUCUAUGUUAUACUUCUGCGUUUUCAUGUUAUUCAUAUGUCCUUGGUGUGAAUUGCUCUACAGGUAUGCAUUCCCCUUGUAAAUGACCCCUACAUGACAGUCAUAAGCAGAGGGAAUAAUUUCUAGUAGUUUCUAAAUUUACUUUUGUGACAAACAUGCCAUGUUUGAAAUGGCAUUCUUGUUCCUGGGUGUUUUUACAGUUGAUAUUCAACUCUCACGUUCUACUCUUCUUCUCUUCCCCUGACUUCUAUAUGAUUGUGAUUUUUACAAGAGAACUAUAUUCACAUCUUGAAUAACUUUGAGUUAGAACCUCAAUUGUGAGAUAUUACAAAAAUGAAAAUCUCUCAUCACAUCCUCUCAUCUCAUAUGAUGAUAUACUAUCACCCUUGCCCCUUCAGUAUCACUGAAGAGCCGUGCAUGUCUGACUAUAGUCCGAGUGUCAUUGACAUUGAGAAAUCCGCUAGUUUCCUUGCACUAUGGAAGGCCACCAAUCCUUCACACAUGUUGAACUGCAAGGUGAAUGAGCAUAAGAUCAAACAGUUUCAACACCACAAUUCUUCUGCUAAAAGAUUCAGGAAAAAAAACAGAUGAUGAUAAAAAUUUAGUGUUUCCAUUAAUUAAUCAAUAUGAGAAUUGUUAACAACAAAGUGAUUGUGUAAACCCAAUACCCCUUUCCUGAAAGAAUAAAACGACAAAUUUAUAGUAUUUCUCUACAACCCCAAGCUGGAACGGGGACUAACAGAGACAAAUCAACUACUUAUUGUAGUUUCUCUAAGUUGGUCUAAUUCUGCAGUUGUUGCUGAUACAGGUGGAAGCCAGUUUCCCAGGCUUCCAGGCAAAAAAAUCCAAUCUAGGACGUAAAAUCCACCCAUCCACCCACCGUCUGCAACAAUAUGGCCUGAACUUGCUUCUUUGAUGGUUGCCGCUGUCCUCACAGUAUGGAAAAACAAAAUAGUUGGCGAUUGCAUUAACAUUAUCCCAAAAUGAGAUUUCAUUUACUUCGUUUCUUGGCUUCACUGUAGAGUAUAACUCCAAAGACCGUAAGUGUAUAACCAAGCAUUCCAGUAACAGAAACUGGAUUUCUAAAGAUUAAAAUUGAAACCACCACUGCCACUGCCCCCUUUGCAUUACCUAGUACCUGUAACCAGAGUAUUUUAUCAUCUCAAAAUGCUUCAAGGUGACCUAGAAGAUAAUCUGAAACUUGAAAAAGACUUGCAUUGAAAACGUAUGAAAAUGACAGCAAAUAAUUGCUUGAAUUCAUCACAAAAAGGGAAAAAAACAUGAUUUGUUGAAAUUUUGAGAGUGUCUGGCUGUCAUCUUCCACGAAGAUUCCAAAGACACAGUAACCUCACCUAUCACAUUAAGACCUCUUUCCUGUGAUAAAGAUUGUCCUGCCUA